AUGAUUCGAAGCUCCCCAAUCUGCGAAAUAUCGAAGCGCCUCGUCCACUCCCGCGACCGCCUCGGGCUGCUGAGCCACGGCCUCGCCCUCUCCGCCCUCGCCUGCCCGAGGACAAAAUGCCACAUCGCCAACCCCGGUGAUGCCGCCAUGUCCACGUCUGGAGCCGCCUCGACGCCUGCGCCACUCAAACAGGUCAAGUUUGUGGCGUCGGAUCCAACCCGUGGUGGACUGCCCGUGAAGCGCAAACAGAUAUCGCAAGCCUGUGAUGCCUGUCGACGAAAAAAGAGACGAUGUCUUCAUACCGAGCAACUAGCGACAGACGAUUCAGUCUCGGCCGCCGAUGAUCAGCACGGUCACAACUCAUCCCCAUCUCAAGCAUCUCCCGCCACUUUGUCAUCGCUCCCCACGCCUCGUGUUCGCCAGGCAGCCUUGCCGGCUGGGCAUGGCAUCAACCAUACUAGCAGCCCGUCGGACAUGGCGGCCGCGUCAUCCUACGCCAGGACCCCAAGACCGCCUCACGACGCUUCCAUGAAGCCACAGUCCUCCCGCUUCGUCGGCGACCUGAAUCCCGAGGCCAUGUUCGUUGAAGCAGCCCACCGGCAGCAGUCUCAAAAUGGCGAUGUCGGCAUAUGGCUUUCAUCUGCCGCCUCGGGCACCAACGGCCAACUUUCGCAGUUCAUCACCUCUCGACCGCCCCCCAUGAUGGACCGGUUCUUGCUCCCCUUUGUCAGGGAGCAUUGCCUGUCAUUUUUGCCCCCCGAGGAAGACUUUGCCAAGAUCAGAGCCAUUUUCAUCAACAAAAUCCAUCCAAUCUUCCCCGUCAUAUCCAUCAACGCACUUGGCGGGAGCCUCGAAAAUCCUUGCAACGUGGUCCUGCGCCAGCUCGUCUGUAUGUCCGCUUCUACCGAUCCAGAGUCGUCCCAGUAUCUUCGCCUUCGGAGCCGGGGACAGGAUCCACUUCCGUCCAACGAGUACUCGCAAUCGCUCUCGUCAGCUGUCCGAGCCAUCCUCGAGACGAGCAUCAUCACCGACAGGGUGUUACACAUACAGGCGCUCGUCCUGCUGUCCCUCUACACCCAGCCGACUUGCGCCGAGGAGGCGGAUCUCCCUGCACAGUUCGCAGGCAGGGCGAUUCACCACAUCCACACCCUUGGUUUGCACCUGCUAAGAUAUGACGCCCCCAACUGCGACGACCUCAACAACCUCUUCUGCGUUGUCUGGGCCCUGGACCGCAUCAAUGCCGCCGUAUAUGGGCGGCCGUGUCUCAUACAUGAGCGAGACAUUGGUGCAGAUCUCGAGGCCUGCAUCAAGAAACGCCCGCCAUGCUUCCGCCUGUUCUUGUCAGUCGUGCAAUGGCUGGACCAAGUCAUCGAACUCUACCGGCCGGGCCCGAGCGCCGAGGUUUCUGGACUUAACAAGAUUGCGUACAUUGACUUGCCCGUUCUCGAAGCUAUGAUUGUCGAUGCCGAUGCUCUCAAUGUUCCGUCCUCGCUUAUUUCUACCAUCGAGGUAUUAUAUCAUGCCGUCGUCGUUUUGUCGUGUAGGCUACCGAGGCCUGGUACUAUGCCGGCCGCCUCGACUUUGCCCCCUCCCUCGGCGAAUGCUCGCCGUUCACUCGCUGCUGAGCGAAUCGCUUGCGCCGUCCCGCGGGAUCACCUCAGCCCGAUGCCCUUUGUGCCAUAUGCCGUUUCCCUUGCGCUGAGCGUCGAGUAUCGCAAGAUGAGGCACAGCCGGCUGCCCAUGUUUCGCGCAAGGUCGAUGAAAGCCUUCAAACGCAACUGCGAGCUGCUGAGAAAAUUCGGUGGCUUUUUUUGGAGCGCAAAUGUGGUCGCCGGCCUGGGUGAAAGGGUCCUCAGGGAAAUGGAACGGGCCGCUUCCAGUUUGACCAAGGAAGCGAGCCCGCCGCGAUCAGAUGCGGAGUCCCGGCCGCCUCUGACCAGUCAAGAGGACGCCGCACCCGCUCGCCAGCCCGAGAUGGCUGUCAAUAGCUCAACGGCAGUCAAUUCGAUUCCGGGCAUGGAUAAUGCAGUUGACUUGAUGCUUGUUGAUGAGAUGUCGGGGCAGGAUGUCUUUAGUCAUAUCGAUCCCAACUUCAACCUGGACGCCGUGGAAGAUGCUUUGGAGGCAAAUCUCGACAUCUCAUUGCCACUGAACUGGGGAGACUGGAGCCAGUUUGCGACUUGA